UGUGUGUAAAAGCAAAUUGAACUCUCUGAAUUACUCUUCUUCUUGCAAUGAGGGUGUCGACAGGUGUUUGUUUGUUGUUGCUGCUGCAAGUUACUGCAGUGUGCUGCAAUGGUGGUGUAACUAGCACGUAUGUCAGAAAACCUUAUGCUUCACUUGAUAUGCCAAUUCAUCACUUUCCUUCUCCCCCUGGAUUCAAUGCUCCUGAGCAGGUUCAUAUCACACAGGGAGAUCAUGAGGGGAGGAGCAUGAUCAUUUCAUGGGUGACACCGCUGCACCGCAGUCCCAAUGUGGUCAGAUAUUGGGAAGCAAAGGGCAAUUUUAAUAACCACCACAAGGCUCAUGCUAAGACCACCUCCUACCGGUACUACAACUACACGUCUGGCUACAUUCAUCAUGCCACGAUUAGACGACUGAAGCAUGACACAGAGUACAUUUAUGAACUGGGAAAGCACAAGCAUACUCGGAGAUUUUCUUUCACGACUCCUCCUAAAGUAGGCCCUGAUGUACCCUACACCUUUGGCGUUAUUGGGGACUUGGGACAGACAUACGACUCGAAUCAAACUUUUGAGCAUUAUGUGGCCAACCCAAAAAGUCAGGCUAUGCUGUUUGUUGGUGAUCUCUCGUAUGCAGACGAUCAUCCUUUCCAUGACAGUAACAGGUGGGAUAGUUGGGGCCGUUUUGUCGAGAAGAGUACUGCAUACCAGCCGUGGAUUUGGACAGCAGGCAAUCAUGAACUUGACUUAGCUCCUGAGAUUGGUGAAAUUACUCCAUUUAAGCCGUAUUUGCACCGGUACAAUGUUCCCCACAAGGCGUCGAAAAGCACAUCUCCUCUUUGGUACUCGAUCAAGCGUGCCUCAGCCUACAUAAUUGUCCUAUCAUCGUAUUCAGCUUAUGGUAAAUACACCCCUCAGUACAAUUGGCUUAAAGAAGAACUGCCAAAAGUGAACAGAGCCGAGACUCCAUGGCUGAUUGUCUUGCUUCACUCACCAUGGUAUAACAGCAAUAACUACCAUUACAUGGAGGGUGAAAGCAUGAGAGUUAUGUUCGAGUCUUGGUUCGUUAAGCACAAAGUCGAUCUCGUUUUUGCUGGCCAUGUCCACUCUUAUGAGCGCUCGAAACGAAUAUCGAAUGUGAAGUACAACAUAACAAAUGGACUAAGUACACCAGUUAGUGAUGCUUCUGCUCCCGUCUACAUAACAAUAGGUGACGGUGGAAACAUCGAGGGCAUUGCAGACAACUUCACAGAGCCACAGCCUAGUUAUUCGGCCUUCCGAGAAGCCAGCUUCGGGCAUGCAAUUCUUGAACUGAAGAAUAGGACUCAUGCCUACUACACUUGGCAUCGUAACCAAGAGAACGAAGCUGUUGCAGCAGACUCUACCUGGUUCUACAAUAGAUACUGGUAUCCACAUGAUGAAGAGCACAGCAGCACCCCAAUGGACUAACUCAACCCAGUAUUUAACUUAGUUUAUCUGGUGCUGUGACUCUUCCAUAAACACAUUGAUGUACAGUGCACUGCACAGAUGACAAGCACCAGAGCCUUUUAAUGUUAUGCUGGAUUUUGCCGUUUUAAGGAAUCAAUGCAUAUUUCCUACUAUA